AUGCGCAGGCGCAGAGACCCGUGCAUGUUUGCGCUCAACUCCAACUUGGGGCCGUUGACUGACGACGUCGUGGCCGUGGAGCCAAUGUGUGAUCCUCCCGCAGCCCCGGAUGUCGCAUGCAACCCACCUCCUGCACCACUGCUCGAUGAAGCCGUCAUUGCCAGCUUGGUGAAGCGGUCGCUGAUGGCCUUGAGCUGCAUCAGAGGCGGCAGCUGGAUGUGGACGUCGGGCUCGCGCACCUUGGGCUGCAUGAUUGUCUCUACUGUUUCUGGAUGCAGCACGCGCACGGGUAUGUCCUGGGUGAUGACCUUUUCGCGCUCUCGCUUCAUAGUGAGUUCAAGAGAUUCUUGCAUGAAGGAGGCGUCAUCGGCAAACGGAUCAUCAAAUCCGCCUCCGGCCCUGGACCUGCCAUAUCCUCCAAAGCCGCCACCCGUCCCUCCCUGGUUUGGUGGAUUUGUGGUCGUCCGGAUGGUCAUGGACAGGAGUGGAAUUCCGUUCUUCUUGCGGGCCAAGGGGCAGCUCGAGAUUGAUGGUGUUAUUCGCCUCGGCUGA